AUGGUUAAGUUGGCCAUUUUCUCCGUCUUUGCUCUUUGUGUUUUUAAAUCGAUCUCCUGUGAGCGUGUAGAAUUCGGGGACUGUGGUAAGUCUGCUUUUGUUUUGCGUUCUGUGAAAAGCAAAUUAUUCCGAGCAUAUUCUAUAAAUUUGUAAACGUGAAUUAUUACCGUUCAUGCACAGGCAAGUGUGUGGUUGUGAAACCGUUCCAAGUUAUGCAACACGGGUUAAUUUCUUGUCCGGCUACCGGCUUUUGCUUGCAAUUUUGCACUACCCCACUUCUUCGCAGUGGCCCGGUGGGUACUCCUUCCUACGACAAAGAGAGCCCUUUGCAUUCAGAACCCAAGACGGCAAAGGUAGUUGCCAAUAAGACAUAAACCUCACUUAUUAUACCAUGAAAUUUUCUUUACCUAGGAAGUCAAAUGUCUACUUUGAAGGAAGUUGACAUCACACCUUGCCCCCAAGCUACUGAGAAGAGGCCUUGCCAACUGAAGAGAGGGACGGAGGAGACCAUUGAAGUAAAGUUCACACCGAGUAAGAAUUGUUUAUUCUUUUUUUCCCUUUUUUUAGAGGACCGUGUUUACCCAAAAUGCUUUGCAAACCGGUGUGUUAUAGCCUGCACGUAGCACGCACUUGGAGAAAGUACGGAGCGCGCGAGGGAAACACGUGAGGCGUGACUCUCUCGUGCGUCUUCUACCCACUCUUUCAAAGCAAUAAAAACUAUUUUUCUUCUAAUGAGCCCCACAACCCUUCGCCUUCCUCGUUUUAAAAUUGUAUUAAAAUUCCAAUAAUAUUUCUGGGAAAGAGAGGAUGUGAUCCUUCGUUCUGGAUCAAGGAUAAAAGGUAAGUCAACUAUGAAUCCCCAUCAGUCACCUCUUCUCAUAUUUGCUCUAGCCAGGAAAGCAAUUUUGAAAAACAUGAUAUCGAAAAGUCCCUCAAAGAGAAUACAAAUGAGGACCAGCUUUCUUAAUUGGUAGUUUUAAGACAACACAAGAGUUGAAGUUGAAAAAAAGUCCGCACGUUGGGUUUUAUUCAGUGUUAUUAUCAUUUUUGUUUAAUUUUUUGUUUUCAAGCACAAGCCUGGCUUGCGAACAGUAGACGUAUUUCCGGUCGUCGCUUCGAGUCUCCGCGACGACGGGAAAUACGUCUGAUGUUCGCAGGCUAGCACAAGCCAGUUUCAUAGUCGCGGACACGUUCAAUUAAAAAGUUAACGCCAGCGGAGUAUUAUUAACUGUUUUCCUUUGAUUCCAACGUAACUUUAGGAUUUUUAAAUAAUACAAAAAAUCGUGACAAGGCUGAUCUGUGGAAUUUGUGCUACAGUCUCAUUCCAAUUCGCGGUAAAACUGAUCUAAUUUUGUCCGUGAAAGUACAAUGGGAUUGCUCGCUCUGGGUUGUGGGCAGGGUACUUAUCUGGGUGGGGGCUUAAGGUACGGUAAAACGGCCAAUUAAAAAAGUGCAACUUGUUUUGCGACUCUGCUUCAAAACGAGUUGAAUAGCUAUGUUGCCCGUUUUACCACCCGCGAAAUAAAACUAUGCAACCUUAGCUGUUGCAAGACAGGUUCGAACGUGUAAACGCGCAAUAUCGCUAUUCAAUUCGUUUUGCAGCAAUGUUGUAAAACAAGUUGCACGUUUCUUGCUGCCCGUUUUAAUGUAGCUUUACAUGAAGUGUGUUGUUUUGUUUCUUGCAGAGGAAAAUAUCACUGCAGCUACAACUAAAGUUUAUGGUACAGUCGCGGGUAUCAGGGUGCCUUUCUCGGUAGACAAUCCUAACGCCUGUGAAGAUCAGGGUAUCACCUGUCCCAUGAUUGCCGGAAAAGACUACACAUUCAAGACUGUGCUACCAAUCAAGUCGAUCUACCCCAGCGUACGUAUUCUUGAAAUCCUAGCUUCUAGUCAACAAACGACACUGGUUCCAAAGUCGUCCUCGGCGAUUUCGGUACGCGCUCGAUUCAACCUCGUCCCCAGGGCGCUUUUCUGGGGCGCCCUGGGGACGAGGUUGCGCCCAGGGCGCUUUUCUGGAGCGUCCUGGGGACGAGGUUGCGCUCGAUUCCAAGCAUCCUCUGCUGUUCAAUCGGAUAGCGAAGACGAAAUGGCCUGGGGACAAGGCUGCAAAUGUUUAGCUGAGCCUCAUAUAUCAAAAACAAACUCUACAAAAGGGCCGAUAUGUACGACCUCAUCAAUCUUCCCCAAUUUCAUUGCGGCAACGCACCUUUGUGAGCAAAAUGCUUUGCAUUGUACCUUUCUGGGAGUGAAAAAUUCUUUUCAAUUUAAAUGCAAUGGGAAUUCAUUGCUCUAAAGCCUCCAGAACGAGACAUGGCGGUGAAGUUAGAUGAAGCUUAUUAGCGGGUGUGACGUAAACAUGCAUUGUAGUAGCCCGAGUAUCAGGCCUUCCUAGGGGGCUAGGGAAGAGGAGAUUUUAGAUGGGGGAGUGGGGUGGGAGAAGAGAAAGGAAGUUUCUCUCCUUCAGCCUCUUCGUUUUUCGCUUCCAUCUUUCCCCUUUUCCCCCAGAAACGUCUGAUACUCAGGCUUGCAUCGUAGCUAUGUGUUCCGCUUUAUACGCCGGACGAUUACUCGCCCUUAUUAACCUUAAUUUUCGUCGGGCAGUCGACCUUUUACGGGCGAGCGUCGCUCGUAGGGAGAAACGCGCGCGUGACCAAACCCGAAGAAGGUCGGCGCGCGGGGAGCUUUCUUAACGGCCCUCGCUCUAUGGCCCCAGUAGCAGUCACGGGUCUAUUAAUAUGUGACUUUAUUUGUUCUGUUUAGGUCGACGUUAUAGUCCAGUGGGAGAUGCAAGACCAGGACAAAAAUAUGGUUUACUGUUGGAUUGUGACGGCCCAUGUGAGCGGCUAAGUCACGAUGACUGACGUGAUUAUGAAUGUUGAAAGUUAUGAUUGUAUAACGCAGAGAUAAAUUUUUUCUUAUCUCACUUCAUUUGUUGAAAAAGGAUAUGUCGUCUUACAAAAAUAAAGUCACUGAAUUCAGUCUUCCUAGUAUUUUUGUUUAUUGGUUGUCUUGUUUAGUUCUUCACAUUAUAGUAGACUUGAAGACCCGUUCUUCACAAGCUGGAAUACUUUCGCCCCUUAACUUGUAUGGUAACCCAAGACAGUAUUGCUAAUGGGGUGAAUCCGACCGACGGAUUUUAAAUCUUAAAACGGAUUUCGCGUUCCUUUCCGCAAAUCCAAAUCCGGAUUCUUCAUCAGGUGAAUCGGCCUUUUUGAAAAAGGAUUCAUUGGAUUUGAAUUCCAAAGAAUCUGAAUCCAGAUUAAUGGAUUAGGGAUCUACGUUGUUCCAUUCACAGUGAAUCCGAAAUUAGUCAGAUGAUCCAGUGGUAUUUCUACUUGAAGUAUUGCGCCGUUGAAUUUCCAAGUCGAAUUGCUGCUAUUUGCCCUUAAACACAUCUGAAAACACUGGAAGAUUGCUCGUGGUACAGUAAAAUAUCCAAAUGCUAACCAUUAUAUUUGUAAGUAAAAGCAGGGCUCCUGGUAAAAGAGACAAAUGAACUGCUAUCUUUCAACAACUAACUCGCUUGUAGACGUGAUACGCACUAGAUCGUGUUACAUAGAAAAAGUCUGAGCUACGAAACUGGAUAAAACUGAGCCGACAACCUUUAGAUAAUUGUCAACGCCCUUCUUUCUUGAUCUCCAUCGUCGCUAUUCGUAUAACUGAUUGCCGACCACAAAAUUCUGCACCGUAGAAUCGCUUAAUUUGUCAAACAGUGCAAAACGCGCCAUUUCUUGAGAGGCUGUCAUGCAUAUUGUACGCGUUUGCGAAAGGUUGCAAAGGUUAAAAAUCCAAUUUCGGAUUUCGCGUUCCUUUCGACAGAGAAAUCAGGCAAAUCUAGGAUCAAAAAUCGGUUUUUGGAUUCACCGAAAUUAGCACAACCAAAAAAAAAUUUUCUUGAUUCCACGCUGUGGAUUCCGAAUAGGCUAGAUUCCAUCGUUAGCGGGAUGCCGUGGGAUUCUUUGAUUCCAAAGUCCAGGAUUCUGGAUUCCACUAGUAAAAUUUCCUCGAUUCUGGAUUCCAGAAUCAAAGAUUUCCUGUUCCGGAAUACAGGUAGCUUACGUGGGCGAAUUGUUUUUCGGAAGUCUCAAGUUCAGCUCCACAGCCAGGCUUGUAAACAGCCAACUCAUCAUCGUUUGCCUCCUGCCAGUUUUGGUUUUGAUUCAGAGGCACUUUCCAUAGCACAUUUUUGAACAUUAAAACUGUAAAACUAAGCAUCGAUAAAAUUUUAGCAGAUCUUGCGCGCGCGUUUGAAACAGCACUCUCGAAUUGUCAUAAUCUGGAUUAGGCAAGAAUUUCCCCUCACCACAUUGCAUUGAUCUGAUUUAUUCAAUUUUAUUUUUCUUACCUCUUUAGUCACAAGGCCAUGAUAGUGCUUUCCCCACCCCUCCCAUUUUCGAACGAAUGAAGCCGUGGGAACGAUCACAUUUUUGUUACCAUUCCCCUCGCAUCCGUCGAGGCUAACUCCAUGUAAACAGGCCCUAAGUGGAGGUGCAGGAUCAUGUCGAAAGUUGUAUUGUUUCUCUUCUGUUUUUUAAUGAGUUACAAAAUGAGUAACAUGACAGCUGCUUUUCUGCAAUCUCGUCCCUUAGUGCGACUCUAGCCUUUAGAAAAAUGAAGAAAAGUGUAAACUUUUAGACAGAAUAAAAUGGUAAACCAAAACCCUCCAUCCCGUCGAAAUCAAUUGCCGAAGAAGCCUCGCAAAAGCUAGUCUGCUACACAGCCGUUUUUAGUGUCGUCACGCAACGGUCUUCCCGUUGCGUUGCGUCCCGACACUAAAAAUUGCUGUGUAGCAUGUAGCAGACUACGCAAAGGCUUUCCCUUCCUUGAUUUGGGGUGGGAAAGGGGGAUUCAACUUUUGCGUCGAUAGUUUACUUGUUCGAUAGGUUCCCCUCCUUCCUUCUCCCCACUUUCCUAUGCAACUCAUCGACCAUAGCUCUCGACCAAUCAGCGCGCGAGAAAUCCGGUUUUUUUUCUAUCACGCAAUGUAUUAUUUCCUUGACCAUCACGCGAUAUACAAAUCAUGUGAUGUCUGGUGAUGUCUGCUGACUUUUCAGCAACUUGCAAACAGACUCAAGAUGGCGAAGUUGAGUGUUGUUGCUGUCAUUUCGCUGUACAGUAUUGUCCUUGCAUCUUGUGAACCUGUUAAAUUUGGGGAUUGUGGUAAGUGAUCGGUUCGUUAUAGUUAUCCUGUGUUCGAUUUUAUGAAGAGCGAACUUUUUUAUUUGCUACUAGUACUACCAAUAACAAAAAUUGUGCUAAAUGGCUUAAUUCAGGUCGGAUUCGACUGGAGUUUCGCUUUUCUUGCUAUUUUUGUUUUAGUAUUUCAAAAAGAAACCUGACCAAAGGCUAUUUAAUGGAAAAAACACUAUUGAUACUAGUAACUUAGAAUACUUAUUUCGGACUGGAAGUUGAACAAUGCCUCCCUAAGGUGCGUUCGAUUGGCCGUAUUUCGGAAUCUCGACCAGCUGUGUUGCGGGCAUUCUCCCAGAUAGUAUGGAGCGGCGCGAAGAUAAGGGCCAUUUUUACAGUAAAACCCAGCGGGGGUGGAGGUAUUCCGGAUUUCAAGUGACCUAGGCGCGGAUCUAGCAUAAAUAAUGACCGAUUUCCUAAACGAGCGCCCAAGGUGCAAGCUCCUAGGAGGUCCGGGGCAUGCUCCCCCAGGAAAGUUUACGUCUCUUUUCCUUAGUUUCCGAGUCAUUCAGACGGGAUAUUGGCCAGAUUUCAAAUGUACACAUAUUUUGGUUUGAAACACAAACGUUUCUCAAAUAGAAUACAGUACCUUAUUAUGGGAUAGUAAAAUUAUAAGAAUUCAAAACUGAAGCUGAUGAAUUUUUUUUAAUUACUUCAAAAAUAAACCAGCAUAAGCAGACACUAUACAUAUGUACAAAAAACAUGACAAGUAAGGGUUUAAAACAGUGACACGAAUGUAAAUAGAUGACAGACUUGGAAUGAUAUAUGUAACUAAUGAUCACACGCUUGAAUAUACUAAAAGACGGGGCAUUUUUGAUGUCGUUCGGUAAUGAAUUCCAUAUUCUAGGACCUUGAAACAGGAUUGAAAAAAACAUAGGUUUGGUUAGAAUGUCAUACAUACAUGUAUACAGCAUCUGUUAUGGGCAAUUUUUGUUCAGAAAACCACUUGUCAAAAAUACUUUUUUCAAAUCCUUUCCCAAAAAAAUGCUCAGAUUGUGAAUCUCAAAAAUCUACCCAUCACAGUGUGGAUUUUAAAGAUUCAUGAUCCGUUUUUGGAUUUGCCCUGCGAAAAAAAUGCAAAAUCCGUUUUUGGAUUUGGAAAUCUGGAUUUGGAUUAUCCCCAAAAAAACGCACCCUCUAAGAUCUUGAUCUGGGAGGGUUUUCAUCUCACAACGUUCUGUUUACACAAAUGAUACUGCUGACUGAUUUAGGGUCUGCUCAAAUUGCAUAAAGCUAAAGAAGACUACGAGAAAGACUCACAUUGUUAUAAAUUGUGUAAAGCUAAAGUUUAAAACUGAUGAGAAGGAUGUACAUUGUUUGGUUAAGUGCCCGAUUUUAUAGGAAAACAAAUGACAUUACACAGUUGCUGUACAUUUAACAUCACCCGCUGUAGAUGCAUUAAAUAACAAAAAGCAAAAAAAGUUAGUAGUUUUAGGUUGCAUUAUUUUACUUUACCGGUGGCACUUGGCAAAAAGUUGCUGUCACUUUGCAAAAAUGGCUGUUAUAAGGAGCAACGUUUGAGCAACCUUUUAGAAAAUUCCAGCAACUUCGAGCAACUUUUAAGAAAAUUUGGAGCAACUUGUGGCUGAGGCUAACCCCCUUGGGUAGUAAUAAUAUGUAGAAUAAUAGUCUGGUUUUCACUCAGAUUUCCUCUUUUGACAACCACGCAUGAAGUGGAACUUUGAACUGCUUCGGAGUUUAAAUGUGGCUUCUUGGAAAAAAAGUUAAUUCAAUUCCCUAGUUUGGGGCAACUUUACAUCCAAGUUUCUUAUCUUCAACACCAGCACUGGCUCGUCAGCGUAAAGAAUAUUAUAUUGUUAAUGAUUUGCUGUGUUGGCAGGUUCAAAAGAAUCAAAAGUUGAGGAAGUUGAUAUCACACCAUGCCCUGCACAGCCCUGUCAACUGAAGAGAGGGACCAACGUGACGGCUGAAGUAAAGUUCAUUACUUCUAGUAAGUUAACUUUUAUAAUAGUCCCCCAUAAGACUGUUCUUUGUGUUGCCAUGGCACAUACUGUUCCCGGCUUCAGAGAUGCUGAUCCUGAGAGGUCCAAAAUCUGAAAACUCUCUCUUUCGUAUCACCCACUUAAUACAAGAGCUCAUUCUCGUAAGCAACCAGCUCUUGUUAUGACCACUUUUUCAAAUUUCCGUGGUGGUCGCUUACAAGAGCUUUGACUGUAAAUGGGAAUGGGUCAAUUUGUGAUUAUCAGUGGGGUUGGUGGGUGGCCGAUCGAUGUUGAUGGGGGUACUGCCAAAAAUACAGUCCCUAGAUUUUUAUUCUUGAUCUCCGAUGGUUGGCAUCUCUGUUAUACAUGUAUGGCUAAUAUUAAUACCCACCCUGUUUACUAAGGCCGAAUUCGUUUGUCCUGUUUGUUACCACAUUACAACAGUUCCACCAAUCUAUUAUUUUUCAUUAAUUGCAGCAGAGACCAUUUCAAAAGCCACAACUGUUAUUUAUGGUAUUAUUGGUGGAGUAAAAAUUCCCUUUGCGGGCGUCAGCAAAGAUGCUUGCCAGGAUCAAGGCCUGACCUGCCCAUUAAAACCUGAAACAGAAAACACAUUUAAAACAGCGCUACCAGUCAAGCCUCUUUAUCCACCAGUAAGUGCAUUGUCAUGA